AUGGGUGGCUGCGCCUCGGUGUACGGCCAAGUGGCCACCAUACCUAGGCCGCAUAGACGACACUUUGGGCUGAGCAGGCGAGGAAGGAUGCCCGCCAAGAUUCCCCCUCCCAUCCCUGAUGUAUGCAGGAACAGCAUGAGUGAUGCGGAAUACACAGUCAGCGAGUUCGUUGACGCCGAAUACGAGAAUGGCGCUUCGACCACCGAGAUGUCUAACAUGUCAUUUCGUAUGACACAGCUACAAUAUAACCACAGUCAGGUUUCUUCCGAUGGGAAAUGUCAAGAGGAAGAAUGGUUCGAUUCGGUUAGCAUUAUGGAGUCCGAAUUCGACGACGAUUGCCAUAGUAUAUUCGGAGGUGGAACUGAGAAGUACUUGUACCGUCCCCAAGCCGGAACUCUAAUCCUUCACUCCGGAGAGAAGGGAAGUCCAGGAACCUGGUCGGAGGUUUCACCAUCUGUUUUUAAGCUUCGUGGACCUACUUUCUUUUGUGAUAAACAAAAGGCCCCUGCUCCGGAUUAUAGCCCGUAUGUACCGAUAGGGGUUGAUUUAUUCGUCUGCCCGAGAAAAAUGAACCACAUUGCAGAGCACCUUGAACUGCCGAAAGUAAAACCACACGACAAAGUGCCUCCACUUUUGAUUGUUAAUAUACAGGUGCCAACUUAUCCUGCCAAAGUGUUUCUCGGCGAUGCAGAUGGGGAAGGCUUGAGCCUUGUCUUGUAUUUCAAGGUGUCGGAUACUUUUGAAGAAGAUAUAUCCCCUCAAUUCCAAGAAAGCAUAAAGAAAUUUAUUGACGAUGACAUGGAAAGGAUCAGAGGGUUUGCCAAAGAGUGCAUUGUUCCAUUCAGAGAGAGGCUAAAGAUUAUGGCAGGGUUAGUUAACCCUGACGACCUCCAAAUUGGUAAUACUGAAAAGAAGCUGAUUCAAGCUUAUAACGAUAAACCAGUGCUUUCACGUCCUCAACACAGUUUCUAUCAGGGGGAGAACUACUUCGAGAUUGAUAUAGAUAUACACCGGUUUAGCUACAUAUCUAGGAAAGGACUUGAAUCGUUUAUCGACCGCAUGCAGUUUGGGAUAGUAAAUCUGGGUUUAACCAUUCAGGCAAAUAAACCAGAGGAGCUCCCAGAGCAAGCUUUGUGCUGUUUGCGCUUGAAUCAGAUUGAUUUUGUAAAUCAUGGCCAAAUUCCCACCAUUGUAACCAGUCAAGAAGACGAUUCAAUUUGAUGAACAGGCAACAG